AUGACAAAUGAUCAAUGGGUUCAAACACAGCUAAAGGAGGUUGAAGAAGAUAAGGCUCCGGAAAGACCAACUUCUACAGACAGCUUAAAUCUCAAAAGGACUUUGUCCCUACUCGAGAAAAGGGAUUCUGUAACUGAAGAAUCUCUAGACGAAAGUGUAACAAGUGAAUUGGACGGCCUGAAUGGGCCCAUCACCAUCGAACGCUUAAAAUCAGCCUUGAGAGGCGGACGCAAGACUUUGCAGGCACUUUACGCGGAGCUUGAAGAAGAACGAAGUGCUUCGGCUGUAGCAACAAAUCAAACAAUGGCGAUGAUUAAUAGACUCCAAGAAGAAAAGGCGGCAAUGCAAAUGGAAGCUUUACAGUACCAGAGAAUGAUGGAGGAACAAUCCGAAUACGAUCAGGAAGCUUUGCAGCUGUUGAACGAAUUAAUGGUGAAGCGAGAGAAGGAGAAGCAGGAAGUGGAGAGAGAGCUCGAGGUUUACAGGAAGAAGCUUCUGGAUUAUGAGACGAGAGAAAAACUGAGGGUUUGGGGCAAAAGCAGAGACGGGAGUGUCAGGAGUGGAUUCUCAUCCGCUUCCUGUAGUAAUGCCGAUGAUAGUGAUGGGUUCUCCAUAGAUUUGAACCAAGGCGUGAAAGAAGAAGAGGGUGUUCAUGGGAAUUCAGAUAUUGGAAAUCAAAGCACACCCAUUAAUGCGGUCAUGAAUUUGGAAGAGUCAUUAUCGGAUUUUGAGGAGGAAAGGCUGUCCAUUCUUGAGCAGCUUAAGGUUUUGGAAGAGAAGCUCCUGGCGUUGGACGAUGAAAAUGAACAGCAUUUUGAAAAUGUGAAUGUAAUUGACGGUGAAGAUGCAAGUGGGCAUUUAAAUGGUGAAGGAAAUGGACAUUUGAAUGGCAAUCCAAAUGGGAAGCCUGAAAAAAAUAGAAGAAUUUUGGGGCAGAAUGAAAAAUCACUCCGUCUGCUUUUCGAUGCAAUUUCGGAUGAAAAUGGUGGCGGGAUGGUGAAUGGGAAUGGAUUUGAUUCCUAUGGAGUCCAUUAUUUUUAUGAAUUGAAGGUUGAAAUGGAGAAUAAGAAGCUUGCAAUUGAGGAGGAGGUGCAUCAUCUUCAUGAGAGGCUACAGGCUCUAGAGGCAGAUCGUGAGUUUCUCAAGCGUUGCUUUAGUUCUUUGAAGAAAGGGGAUAAAGGAAUGGAUCUUCUGCAGAAGAUCUUGCAGCACCUGCGCAAUCUUCGUCACAUGGAGCUUCGUGUAAGGAGCUUGGGUGACAGUGCUGUGAUUCGAAGUUGCGCAGUCUGA